UUCUCUCUCUCUUCCUUCUUCCUUAAUUCCAUCAAAACACACACACAGACACAUAGUGCACCAUAUAAAUAGCUCUCUGUGUAUCCAUAUAAUCUUCUUCUUUUCCUCUCUCUAAGAUGGCAACAACCAGACAACCAAAUGACCCACAAAGAUCCUUUAACGAAACUCAAGAAAACACACCUAAGAACGAUAUAGAAGGACAACAAACCCCGGAAGGACUUGAAAUUGAGGUGUUUGAUUACUCAAAACGAGCACAGUGGCUUAGAGCCGCUGUGUUGGGCGCAAACGAUGGUUUGCUCUCGACAGCGUCGUUGAUGAUGGGCGUUGGGGCCGUCCGAACGGACAUUAAGUCCAUGAUCCUCUCUGGCAUAGCCGGGUUGGUCGGCGGUGCCUGUAGUAUGGCCAUCGGAGAGUUUGUUUCCGUGUACUCGCAGUAUGACAUCGAGGUGGCUCAGAUGAAGAGAGAGAGUAGGGCUACACAGACUGAGUUGGAGGACAAUAAGGACUUGCCGAACCCACUGCAGGCUGCGGCGGCGUCAGCCUCGGCUUUUGCAGCCGGGGCAGCCGUGCCGUUGCUGGGGGCGGCUUUUAUAAAGGACUAUCAUGUGAGGUUAGGGGUGGUGGUGGGGGUUGUGACUUUUGCACUUUUAGGGUUUGGAAGUUUUGGUGCAUACUUGGGUGGAACACCUGUGGUGAAGUCUUCAUUGAGGAUACUAAUUGGAGGGUGGCUAGCCAUGGGUAUCACUUUUGGCUUAACCAAGUUGAUUGGCUCUACUGGACUGUAG